AUGGUCGAUGGACAAUUCCAUGUUCAGGCGUUCUCGAUCCAACAGCCCGGUAGCAGAUGGAUGCUCCUGCUUUUAGGUUGCAACGCCAUGAUUUCGGGAGAGUGGCAAGACUUCAAUGUCACAAAACAGGCGGAAGCUGCGAACAACACCUGCGCAUCAUGGCCGCCGAACUUCUGGAGACACUUCUAUCAUGCAGUUACAAAUCGAGACAUGCAGAACAAAAUGAGAAAAAAGCCACGUCCACUGAUGUUCUGA